AUGGGUAAGAUGGAAAAAGGAUUGUUGUUGUGGAUUGAGGAUCAUGCUCAGAAGGGGAUUCCUCUAGAUGGUGAGCUUAUUAAAGAAAAAGCAUUGCAACUGUAUGGCCUUCUGCUACAGGAGGAGCCAAGCACAAGCUUCAGCUCAAAAAGUUUUACCGCGAGCAAAGGGUGGUUUUACCGCUUCAUUAAGAAGAACUCUAUCCGCAACGUAAAGCUAAAAGGGGAGAGUGCUUCAGCCGACAUCGAGGCUGCAAACGCUUUCAAAUUGAAAUUGUUGCGGGUAAUUGAGGAUGGUGCUUAUCACGCCGAUCAAAUAUUUAAUGCAGAUGAAACAGGACUUUUUUGGAAGAAGAUGCCGGGUCGGACUUACAUUACUAAGUCUGAGCAGUCCGCCAGUGGAUUCAAAGUUGCAAAAGAUCGCAUUACUCUGUUGUUCUGCAGUAAUGCAUCUGGUGAUAAAUUGCUAAAACCUCUUCUGAUUCAUAAAUCAGCACAACCACGCGCCUUGAAAAACUUAAAUGCAGAUGACUUUCCAGUAUAUUGGACAUCCAACCGGAAGGCUUGGAUGACGAAGGAGUUGUUUGAACAAUGGUUCAAACAACAAUUCAUAACUGAGGUUAAAGAUUAUCUUGAAGAGAAAAGACUGCCAUUCAACGUUCUUUUACUGAUUGAUAACGCGCCAGGGCAUUUAGAAUUGCAUCAUGCCAAUGUAAAGAUUAUGUUUUUACCUCCAAAUACAACGUCGUUAAUCCAACCCCUGGACCAGUGA